CAAAGAUGGAAUCUUCGAAUUGGGCUUCAACUUCCAAUUAAAGAUCGGGUUCAUUUUAGCGCUGCAAUUUCCCAAAUUUGAAUUGUAUUCAUCUCCAGCCUUUGCCCUAAUUGACACCACUACCAGGCGAAAUCGAAUUGCAUCAUUUGAUCGAGAGCUGUCAUUAUGGCGAAGAAUCUCAUCCAGAGGCCUUUAAUCUUUCAAGAUGAAAACUCAGACAUAUACCUCAAAAAAGGUUUGAUAACUGGAAAAUCAAAGAGUGGUAAACCAGAAGCAGUUAUUAAGAAAGGUACGGCGGGGCUUAAAAGACGUAAUGCCCUCAAUGACAUCACGAACAAGUCGAAUGCCAUUCCUGAAGAAGCAACAAGGAAAAAGAGUUCACAGAAGGAGCUUAAAGUUCCAAGUGAGUUUAACAUUGCAGAGGAGACAUUUCAACAUGAUCACAAAAAAUGCAUAGAGGCACAAAGAUCAGCAAUGACGCGAAAACAUUUCUUGGAAUCAGUUCUGCCUGGAUGUGAUUCAGCUUCUCCUAUUGACAUACCAAAAACAGAAACUGGAAUGAGUGACAAAGGAAUUGAUAGCCCACACUGCUACCCUAUGCUAGAAGAAUUGCCUAUGUCAGAGUUCUCUUGGUUGAAAUCUUCAUGGAAGUCUCCUCCAAAGAAGAGGGAUUCUCCACCCUCCUCUCCUUUUGAGUUGGAGUUUGAGCCGGUUGAAUUUACAUUGAAGGAAGUAAAAGAUUGCUGAAAUGGCCAGUGAGCUGCUCUAUUAGGUUAAUGACAUGUACAUGAUAUUAGGUAAUUAACAUUCUGAAUGUGGCACUGGUGAUUCAGUAGUUUUGGAGUAUAUUUAAUCAUUCAGUUUAUCACUAACUGUGGGGCGGAAUAUUUAAUCAUUCAGUUUAUCACUAACUGUGGGGCGGACUUGUCUUUCUA